AUGCCUUCUCCGUCUUUUACCCUCGACGCUCAGCUGAGAUUUCAUGACAAAUGGCUGAAGAUAGACCUGCAGCGGGCUUUCUCUGCAGAGGGUCUGAGUGAGAUGUGGAAUGAGAUGGUAAAAGAUGAGGAGAUAUCAUUCAAUGGAGAAGAAUCAGUUCACCCAGAAGACUGCACUGACUGUUUUGGAGCUCAGAAGAAGGAUGAGCCCAAUGACAAAGAGAAGAAAGAGGAGGAGGAGACAGUGACAUCUGUGCAUCACUCCAUCAUUGAGACGUGGGACUGGGGGCGACAGCCAGAUGAGAACGAGCUGAAGGACUGCCUGAUGGUUCUGGUUGAGGACCAGCAGAAGCUCUCGGCUCAGAUGGCCAAAAGCACCCUGUCUGCUCAACGCCUGCGCCAGCGCCUCGUCAUCCUGGAGCGCUAUCUUAUUUCUCUCAGCCACAGCAUGAUGGAGGAGAAGUACAAGGUCCGCUGGAAGACGCCCCCCAGUCCACCACUGCCAGCUGCUGACAACAAGAGCCCUCGUCCGGCCAGUAAAGGUGUCGAAGGUUUGGCCAGAGUCGGCUCCAGGGCAGCUCUUUCUUUUGCCUUUGCUUUCCUUCGCAGGGCGUGGAGAUCAGGAGAUGAUGCAGAUCUUUGCAGUGAGCUGCUUCAGGAGUCGUUGGAUGCCCUGCGAGCGCUGCCUGAGGCGACGCUGUUUGAUGAGGGGACUGUGUCAUCAGUGUGGCUGGAGGUCGUUGAGAGGGCCACAAAGUUCCUCAGUGAUGUACAUGGAAGUGCCAGCACCAAAUGUAACAUUCCUCUUCAGGACCAGCACCUAGUCUUGGCCAUCCUGCUAGAGCUGGCUGUUCAGAGGGGGACACUCAGUCAGCUGCUGUAUGCUGUUCUGCUGCUUUUGCGUUUGUGGGAAAACGGCACCAGAGAGAUGGACAACGAGCGGUCCACGCAGGGAACCAGCGCUCCUUUGCUGCCCCUCCUGCAGCGUUUUCAGAACAUACACAGCAGCAAGGAGGAGCCCGUUCCUGACGAGGAAGCUGAGAUCCUCACAGCCCCUCUGAGUCCAAACGAGAGUUUCCUGCGCUACCUGACCUUACCUCAGGAUAAUGACCUGGCCAUCGACCUUCGUCAGACCGCUGUGGUAAUCAUGGCUCACCUGGAUCGCCUGGCUUCUCCCUGCAGCCCUCCACACUGCAACUCCCCCAUGUCACACAAGGGGACCUUGCAGGAAGUGAUUGCCUGGGGCCUGUUGGGUUGGAAACUUUACGCCAAUGUUAAUGGACCCAUUCACUGUAAAGCCCUGUCGAGCCUCGGGGUCACACAGAUAGUCUGUUCAGAAAAAGGGUUUCUUAUCCUGUCCAGCAGCGGCGCUGUUUACAGCCAGAACUACAAGAGCACAACCCUGGCUCCCAUGCUCAUCCACGUCCUAAGCUCCAGGAAGAUUGUGAAACUUGCAGCUCAUCCUGAUGGGCAGCACUACUUGGCCUUGUCGUCCAAUGGAGAGGUGUUCGCCUGGGGGUGCGGGGAUGGUGGCCGGCUUGGACAUGGAGACACUACAUACCUAGAAGAACCUAAAAUGAUUGCAGCCUUCAAUGGGAAACAGACUGGAAAGCAUGUAGUACACAUUGCCUGUGGGAGCACGUACAGUGCUGCGAUCACAGCUGACGGCGAGCUCUAUACGUGGGGCAGAGGGAAUUACGGUCGGCUCGGCCACGGCUCCAGUGAGGACCAGACUACUCCCAUGCUAGUGACAGCGCUAAAAGGACUGAAGGUGGUGGACGUAGCAUGUGGAAGUGGUGACGCCCAAACGCUUGCUGUGACAGAGAAUGGGCAGGUGUGGUCCUGGGGAGAUGGAGAUUAUGGGAAACUGGGCCGAGGAGGCAGUGACGGCUGCAAGACGCCCAAGCUGGUCGAGAAGCUGCAGGACCUGGACAUAGUGAAGGUGUGCUGCGGGAGCCAGUUUUCAGUAGCCCUCACUAAAGAUGGACAGGUUUACACCUGGGGGAAGGGAGACAACCAGCGCCUCGGUCACGGCACCGACGAGCACGUCCGCUACCCAAAGCUGCUCGACAGUCUACAGGGAAAGAAAGUCGUGGAUGUUGCUGUGGGGUCGACGCACUGCCUGGCCCUCACCGACGAUGGAGAGGUGCUCAGCUGGGGUAGCAACGACAAGUUACAGCACUUUGAUACGCUGUUUUCCAACAAGAAGCAGCCUAAAGCUCUCCCGGGGCUAAACUCCAAACACAUAGUGGGGAUCUCCUGUGGUCCCGGACAGAGCUUUGCCUGGUCCUCCAGCUCUGAGUGGUCUGUGGGGAAGCGCGUGCCCUUUGUGGUGGAUGUUUGCCCCAUGUCGUUCGAGCAGCUGGACCUCCUCCUGCGGCAGGUCAGCGAGGGCAUGGACGGCAGUUCAGACUGGCCCCCCCCACAGGAGAAGGAAUGUAUGGUAGUCGCCACACUCAACCUGCUCAGGCUACAGCUCCAUGCAGCCAUCAGUAACCAGGUGGAUCCAGAGGAGCUGGGGUUGGGCCUUGGAAGUGUGCUGCUCAACAACCUGAAACAAACAGUGGUGGUGCUAGCCAGCAAUGCUGGCGUGCUCAACACGGUGCAAGCAGCUGCACAAGCCGUCCUCCAGAGCGGCUGGUCCGUGCUGCUGCCCACGGCUGAGGAAAGGGCGAGAGCUCUGUCCUCACUCCUGCCUAAUGCUGCAUCUGGAAACGAGAUGAGUGUGAGUCCUGGACGGCGCUUCAUGAUCGACCUGUUGGUCAGCAGCUUAAUGGCUGAUGGAGGGCUGGAGUCUGCGCUCAAUGCAGCCAUCACUGCUGAGAUACAGGAUAUUGAAGCCAAGAAGGAGGCUCAGAAAGAGAAGGAGAUAGAUGAACAGGAAGCUAAUGCCUCCACCAUACACCGGUGUCGCACCAUGCUGGACAAAGACCUCAUCAACACGGGCAUCUAUGAGUCGGCAGGGAAGCAAAGCCUGCCCCUGGUGCAGCUCGUUCAGCAGCUUUUGAGGAACAUCGCCUCCCAAACCAUUGCGAGGCUCAAGGAUGUUGCCCGCCGCAUCUCAAACUAUUUGGAGGCGGAGCAUGUCAGUAAGGAGCGCUCGGCAUCUCUGGACCUGCUGCUGCGCUUCCAGAGGCUGCUGGUCAGCAAGCUGUACCUGGGAGUCAAUGGCACAGAAAAUGUUAAUGGAUACAAUCCUGAGCUCCUGGGUGUUGGCUCGUUGUUAAAAAAGUACAUCGCUUUGUUGUGCACUCACAUUGGAGACAUCCUUCCAGUGGCAACAAGUAUCGCUUCUACUGGUCGCCGCCACUUUGCUGAGGUCUCUCGUGUCAUUGAAGGAGAUCUAACGGGAGUGCUCCUGCCUGAGCUGGUGGUGUCCAUCAUCCUUCUCCUCACUAUUGAUGCUGGUCUGAUGCAGGAGACCGGCUCAAUCCCUCUCCUCGCUGGACUCCUGGAACACUUGGACCGUUUCAACCACCUGGCUCCAGGACAUGAGAGGGAUGAUAAUGAGGAUCUGGCCUGGCCAGGCAUUAUGGGGUCUUUCUUUACAGGACAAAGCUCCAAGAACAAUGAGGAUGUUUCACUCAUCCGCAAAGCUGACCUGGAGAAUCACAACAAAGAUGGCGGCUUCUGGACCGUAAUAGAUGGAAAAGUCUAUGACAUCAAAGACUUUCAGGCUCAGUCCCAGUCACUAACAGGAAACAGUAUCCUGGCCCAGUUUGCAGGAGAGGACCCUGUGGUUGCUUUGGAAGCUGCCCUACAGUUUGAAGACACUAGAGAGUCCAUGCAGGCCUUCUGUGUUGGCCAGUAUAUGGAGCCUAACCAGGAGACCGUCACCACUCCAGACCUCAGCAGCCUAUCGUCUCCACUUAUUGACACUGAGAGGAACCUGGGGCUGCUGCUGGGUCUGCACGCUUCUUACCUGGGCAAGAGCACUCCCCUGUCCCCCAUGGAGAUCGAAUGUGCCAAAUGGCUCCAGUCCUCCAUAUUCUCAGGAGGUCUGCAGACCAGUCAGAUCCACUACAACUACAAUGAAGAGAAGGAUGAAGAUCACUGCAGCUCCCUGGGCACAACCACUUCCGAUAAGGCCAAACUUUACUCCCGCAGAAUAACCCUCAGUGACCACGCACAGCCUUUCCUGCAAGCCAUUGCUGACAACAACACUCAGGACCACACUGUGAAGGACUUCCUAUGCCAAAUAGAGCGUUGCUGUAAGCAGUACCACCUUAUUACGCCUAUCACCUUCCCCCCGGAGCACCCUCUGGAGGAAGUUGGCCGCCUGCUGCUCUGCUGCCUCCUCAAGCAUCAAGACCUCGGUCACGUUGCUCUCUCACUUGUCAGUCAAUGUGCCUUGGGUGUGGACCAAGGAAAGCAGCGGUCCCUCCCUAAAUCUGUGAUUGACGUGUGCCGCAUGGUCUACCAGGCAAAGUGUUCUUUAAUUAAGACCCAUCAGGAACAAGGCCGGUCUUAUAAGGAGGUGUGCGCCCCUGUUAUCGAACGUCUGCGCUUUUUAUUUAAUGAGCUGCGUCCAGCUGUAAGCAACGACCUGUCUAUAGUGUCCAAACUGAAGCUGCUGAGCUCUCAGCCGCGUUGGAGGAGCAUCACCCAGAAGCUCAUCAGGGACCGUAGGAAAAAAAGAGUGCCCAAGAAGUCAGAGUCUGCUGAUAUAGAAGAACCAAAGCUGGAGAGUGAAGGGACCAAUGAAGAGGAACUUAAUGUUCACAUCAGCCCAACUCCUGCUGACAGGAAAUCCCCCACUGACAAAACACCCAAGCAAGACAAGUGGCAGCCGCUUCUCAACACUGUAGCCGGUGUCCAGAAGUACCGCUGGCUGAAACACAGUGUUCAAGGUGCCUUCUCUCAGUCCAGCCUCAUGGCCACCAUUGUGGAGUUUGCACUGAAAGAGGAGCCACUGGAUGUGGAGAAAAUGAGAAAAUGCCUCCUUAAGCAGCUGGAGAGGGCUGAAGUCAGGCUGGAAGGCAUCGACACCAUGCUGAAGCUGGCCUCUAAAAGCUUCCUGCUGCCGUCUGUGCAGUAUGCAAUGCUCUGCGGCUGGCAGAGGGUCAUACCGGAAGGGACCAAUAUUGGAGAGCCCCUGUCUGACUGCCUGAAGGAUGUAGAUCUGAUUCCUCCCUUCAACCGCAUGCUUUUGGAGGUGACGUUUGGAAAGUUGUAUUCCUGGGCCAUCCAGAACAUUCGCCACAUCCUGCUUGAAGCAAGCGCUCGCUUCAAAGAGCUAGGUGUGCAGCCUGUUCCCUUGCAGACCAUCACAAAUGAGAACCCGGCAGGACCAAGCCUUGGAACCAUUCCGCAGGCCCGCUUCCUUCUGGCCAUGAUACACAUGCUGUCUCUGAAACACGGGUCUAACAGCCUCAGUCUCUUGCUCAAUUCAGGCAUAUUGGCCCUAACACAGAGUAUUCUCAGACUGAUAGGUCCCAGCACAGACAGCAGCGAGGAGGACCUGAGUUUAUGUGCACAUGGAGGCUCAGCCACAGUCCUGGAGGAGUCCAGAAAGGAGGCAGCUCCCACCCCCCUACCUGCCUCUGGACCAGAGCUGGCUGCCAUGAUGAAGAUAGGCACCAGAGUCAUGAGGGGAGUUGAUUGGAAAUGGGGUGAUCAGGAUGGUCCAGCACCAGGCCUUGGCAGGGUCAUCGGGGAGUUGGGUGAGGAUGGUUGGAUCCGGGUUCAGUGGGAUACAGGCAGCACAAACUCCUACAGGAUGGGCAAAGAGGGCAAGUACGACCUUAAACUUGCGGAGCCACCACCAGCAGCCCAGCCCCCCGCUGAGGACUCAGACACAGAGGAUGAUACAGAGGGUGAGCUGAUUGAGAAGAGCAGCCACCCAACAGCAAUGAUGCUCACCAGCACAGUGAACCUGCUGAAGACGCUGUCACUUUCAGCUGGGAUCCAUGCAGAGGUGCUUCAGCCAGAUGCUACACGGACUCUGUGUGGGUUGCUCAGGAUGCUGGUGGAAAGUGGAGCUAAUGACAAGUCUGGUUGUCACUCGCACAGAUUGGUGUCCCAGGAGCAGCACAGGAGCUGGUGUACCCUCGGCUUCAUACGCAGCAUCGCUCUCAUGCCACAGAUGUGCAGCACCCUCAGCACGUCUGCAUGGAUUGGACUGCUCAUCCGAAUUGUUGAGGGACACCAGUCCUUUAAUGCUAUAACCCUGCAGAGACAGAUCUUGGCACUACGUCUUCUGCAGGCGGUCCUGCCUUCGUGGGACAAAAUGGAGCGCUCUCAGGACAUGAAGUUCCUGGUGGAGAAGUUGUUCAGUUUCUUGGGAAGCCUGCUGAGCACCUGCUCGUCAGAUCUGCCGCUUCUCCGAGAAGGUUCCCUGAGAAGGAGGAAGUCCCGCCCACAGGCAUCUCUAACAGCCACUCACAGCAGCACACUAGCAGAGGAGAUCGUGGCUGUCCUGCGUACUCUGCACUCGCUCGGCCAGUGGAACAGCCUGAUAAACGAUUACAUCAACAGCCAGCUGAGCUCCAUCGCAGAUGUUAUGGCAGGCUGCCAGUCUGAAGCGUGCUUCCUGGAGGAGUAUUUUCCUGAUUUGGAGGGUCCCAGAGUGGGCAGUCUGAUGGCAGUGCUGGCAGUGAUUGGUGGAAUCGAUGGGCGCCUCAGGCUUGGCGGCCAGGUCGUUCAUGAGGAGUAUGGAGAGGGAACAGUCACACGUAUCACCCCGAAAGGGCGCAUCACUGUCCAGUUUCAUGAGAUGAGGACCUGCAGGGUUUGCUUGCUCAGUCAUCUGAAAACGCUUCCUGCCAUAUCCUUCAGUGUGCAGAACCUGCCGUUCACUGAGCCCAUGCUGGAAGUUUGGGCCCAGCUGGUCAGCCUGGCUGGAAGCAAACUGGAAAAACAGCGCAUGAAGAAGUCACUUAGUCGAGGGCUAACAGCCGACCAGGUGGACAUCCAGUUGCUGCGGUGCCAGCAACUGAGGCUGUAUAUUUUGAAGGCAGCUCGGGCCCUGCUGUCUCAUCAGGACAAACUCAGGCAGAUCCUCUCCCAGCCAGCAGUGGUAGACAUAGGACCCAACCCCAGUGAGGAUCCAGUGGCAUCAUCUCCUGAUGUUGGUGACUUGUCUCCUGAGGGACCUCUGCCUCCACUGAUCCUCCUGCAGCAGCUACUUUCGGCUGCUACGCAGCCCUCCCCCAUCAAAGCUAUUUUUGACAGGCAAGAGAUGGAGGCGGCAGCUCUGGCAGUGUGUCAAUACCUGGCUGUGGAAUCUGCCCACCCAUCUUCACCGCUGUUUGAGGAGAGCAGCUCCAGUGAAGCCACCACACCCAUCACAACACAGCAUAUCAGACCACCCAAACAGAAGAAACAGAAGACCUCUCCUGUCCCCCCCUUACCCAUAGUCGCUCAGAUCAUGGAGAUGGGCUUCCCACGGAAAAACAUUGAGCUUGCCUUGAAGUCUCUGUCUGGAACUACAGGCAGUGCCUCUGGUGUCCCAGGUGUUGAGGCUCUGGUGACCUGGCUGAUUGACCAUCCAGACAUGCACGUCACCGAGCUGUCAGAUGCUGACACUGUGUCUGAUGAAUACUCUGAUGAGGAGGUGCUGGAGGAGCCGGAGGAGGCAGAGCCGGCGUUUUCUGUGCCUGCAGGUGCAGUGGUGACUGAAAGCCAGACAUUUAAGAAGAGAUCUGAUUUCCAAAGCAAUGAUGAUUAUGCUGUUUAUGUGAGGGAGAACAUUCAGGUGGGGAUGAUGGUCAAGUGCUGCAGAACAUACGAGGAAGUGUAUGAUGGAGAUGUCGGGAAAGUGAUUAAGCUGGACAGAGAUGGCCUUCAUGACUUAAAUGUUCAGUGUGACUGGCAACACAAAGGAGGAACGUACUGGGUUCGCUACAUCCACAUCGAGCUGCUUGGAUUCCCACCACAAAGUUCUCCUUCCCACAUAAAGAUUGGUGACAAAGUGAGGGUGAAGCCCACAGUCACCACACCAAAGUACAAGUGGGGCUCGGUCACACACAGGAGUGUGGGGGUGGUGAAAGCUUUUAGUGCCAACGGAAAAGAUGUGAUUGUAGACUUCCCGCAGCAGUCCCAUUGGACUGGUUUGUUGUCGGAGAUGGAACUGGUGCCCAGUGUUCAUCCUGGAGUGAGGUGUGAUGGCUGCCAGAUGUUUCCUAUUAAUGGCCCCAGAUUCAAAUGUAGAAACUGUGAUGACUUUGACUUCUGUGAAAACUGCUUCAAGACACGCAAACACAACACCAGGCAUUCCUUUGGCAGGAUCAACGAGCCCGGCCAGUCUCCAGCUUUCUGCGGCCGUUCGGGAAAACAGCUCAAGAAGCACCACAACAGCCAGCGUGGAAUGCUGAUCGACGAUUGGUCUCGAGCCGUCAAGAGCCUCAACGUGUCAUCGUCGGUUAACCAGGCCUCGCGCCUCAUUGACUGCAGUGAUCAAUGUUGGCAGUCCUCUGGCUCACAGGGGAAGCACUGGAUUCGUCUCGAGCUUUUCCCAGACGUUCUCGUUCACAGGCUGAAGAUGAUUGUAGACCCAGCAGACAGCAGCUACAUGCCCUCCUUAGUGGUGGUAUCAGGUGGAAGCUCUUUGAACAACUUGAUUGAACUCAAGACAAUUAACAUCAAUCCUACUGACACCACUGUCCUCCUCCUCAGCGACUGCACUGAGUAUCACAGGUACAUUGAGAUCGCAAUCAAGCAGUGCCGCAGCUCUGGUAUCGAUUGUAAGAUUCAUGGACUCAGCAUUAUGGGGCGUAUCAGAGCUGAGGAUGAAGACCUGGCUACAGUCCCUUUCCUGGCCUCUGACAAUGAAGAAGAGGAUGACGAAAAAACAGCAGCUGGGAGUCUCGCUCGAAAGAAGCCGUCAGGACUGGAGUCAGCAGCCACCAUCAGGACCAAAGUGUUUGUUUGGGGACUGAAUGACAAGGACCAGCUGGGAGGACUCAAAGGCUCCAAGAUCAAGGUGCCGACCUUCUCCGACACCCUGUCUGCUCUCAAUGUGGUGCAAGUGGCCGGUGGCUCCAAAAGCCUCUUUGCGGUGACCGUCGAGGGGAAGAUUUACGCGUGUGGAGAGGCCACUAAUGGUAGGCUGGGUCUGGGCCUUUCCAGUGGGACCAUCUCAAUACCCCGUCAGAUCACUGCACUCAGUAACUACGUUGUGAAGAAGGUCGCUGUGCAUUCAGGAGGACGCCACGCUAUGGCCCUGACUGUGGACGGAAAGGUGUUUUCCUGGGGCGAAGGAGACGACGGCAAACUCGGACACUUUAGUAGAAUGAACUGUGACAAGCCGCGGCUGAUUGAGGCGCUGAAGACCAAGCGUAUCCGUGACAUUGCCUGUGGCAGCUCUCACAGCGCUGCCAUCACAUCCAGUGGGGAGCUGUACAGCUGGGGUUUGGGUGAAUACGGCCGACUUGGACACGGGGACAACACCACGCAGCUGAGACCCAAACUGGUGAAAGUGCUUCUGGGACACCGUGUUAUCCAAGUGGCUUGUGGGAGCAGGGAUGCACAGACUCUAGCGCUCACCGAUGAAGGGUUGGUGUUCUCCUGGGGCGAUGGGGACUUUGGGAAGCUGGGUCGUGGAGGCAGCGAAGGCUGCAACAUACCGCAGAACAUCGAAAGGCUCAAUGGGCAGGGCGUCUGCCAGAUUGAGUGUGGAGCACAGUUCUCCUUGGCUCUCACUAAAUCUGGAGUGGUGUGGACCUGGGGCAAAGGCGACUAUUUCCGGUUGGGCCACGGCACUGAUGUCCAUGUGCGGAAGCCGCAGAUGGUGGAGGGACUGAGAGGCAAAAAGAUCGUCCACGUCGCUGUCGGAGCGCUGCACUGUCUGGCUGUCACAGACACAGGACAGGUGUAUGCCUGGGGUGACAAUGACCAUGGGCAGCAGGGAAACGGCACUACCACAGUUAACAGGAAGCCCACUUUGGUUCAGGGUCUGGAUGGACAGAAAAUCACUCGAGUGGCAUGUGGCUCCUCCCACAGCGUGGCUUGGACCACGGUAGAUGUGACCACCCCCUCUGUUCACGAGCCAGUUCUUUUCCAGACAGCCAGGGACUCCCUCGGAGCGUCGUACCUGGGUGUCCAGUCAGACAGUGACUCAUCAUCAGUGAGCAACAAGCUGAGUGGGCAGAGCAGCGUGAAGCCUAAUCGACCCUCGCUGGCAAAAAUUCUCCUCAGUCUGGAUGGAAACCUGGCCAAACAGCAGGCUCUGUCUCAUGUACUGUCAGCCCUCCAAAUCAUGUAUGCAAGGGAUGCAGUGGUUGGUGCGCUCAUGCCAGCCAGUAUGAUCCUGCCAGCAGAGUGUCCUUCCACUUCACCUGUUCCCCCAUCAGACUCUUCAUCCUCGUCCAGCGUGAGCGACGAAGAAGGCCCUCCUGUCCCGUCAGAAGCUGAAGAACGAGUCAGCCCAAAUCCCUGGCAAGACAAAAAAGGAGAGGUUCCCUCAUCCGAAGAUGCCAUCACCCCGUCAUCAGCAGUGACUCCCUCAGCCUGUGGAGCCUCUUCGCGUCCUUUCAUCCCCGUUACCGAUGACCCCGGCGCAGCCAGUAUCAUAGCUGAGACCAUGACGAAGACAAAAGAAGACUCUGAGAGUCAGAGUAAAGUGGUCGGCCCAGAACCUCAGUACCUGGAUGAGUUCACCAGUCUGCUCGUGCCUGAUGACACACGAGUAAUGGUGGACCUGCUGAAGCUAGCGGUGUCCUGUCGCUCUGGGGAGAAAGGCAAGGAGGUGCUGUCUGCGGUGCUGUCUGGCAUGGGCACAGCUUAUCCACAGGUUGCUGACAUGCUUCUGGAGUUGUGUGUCACUGAAUUGGAGGACGUUGCCACAGACUCUCAGAGUGGCCGUUUGUCCUCUCAGCCAGUUGUCGUGGAAAGCAGCCACCCCUACACAGACGACACAUCGACCAGCGGCACUGUAAAGAUCCCAGGUGCCGAGGGUCUGAGGAUCGAGUUUGACCGACAGUGUUCGACCGAGAGGCGCCACGACCCGCUGACCAUCAUGGAUGGAGCCAACAGGAUUGUCUCUGUCAGAUCAGGGCGGGAGUGGUCUGACUGGUCCAGUGAAUUAAGGAUCCCAGGAGAUGAACUCAAAUGGAAGUUCACCAGUGAUGGGUCAGUUAAUGGGUGGGGCUGGCGCUUCACUGUCUACCCCAUCAUGCCUGCAGCGGGUCCCAAAGACUUGCUGUCUGAUCGAUGUAUCUUGUCCUGCCCCUCCAUGGACUUGGUUACGUGUCUCCUGGACUUUAGGCUCAACUUUGCAUCCAACAGGAGCAUCGUGCCUCGUCUAGCCGCUUCUCUUGCUGCUUGUGCCCAGCUCAGUGCACUAGCUGCUGGUCACAGGAUGUGGGCUCUGCAGAGGCUACGAAAGCUUCUGACCACAGAGUACGGUCAGUCCAUCAACAUAAACAGGCUGCUGGGGGACAGCGAUGGCGAGGCUCGCUCUAUGAGCUUCACUGGCAGCGCUCUGGCUGCUCUGGUGAAGGGGCUGCCAGAGGCUCUGCAGAGGCAGUACGAGUACGAAGACCCGAUCGUCCGCGGAGGGAAGCAGCUGCUCCACAGUCCGUUUUUCAAGGUACUGGUUGCUCUUGCCUGUGACCUUGAACUCGACACCUUACCUUGCUGUGCUGAGACCCAUAAGUGGGCCUGGUUCCGCCGCUACUGCACUGCCUCCAGAGUGGCAGUGGCUCUAGAUAAGAGAACAUCUUUACCAAGACCCUUCCUGGAUGAGGUUACAAAAAAAAUUUGUGAGCUUAUGGCAGAUCACGAGAACAUGAACGCACUGCACGAGAGUCACGACUUGUUCAAACGUGAGCACGACGAGCAGCUCGUGCAGUGGAUGAACCGGCGCCCAGAUGACUGGACGCUUUCUGCUGGGGGGAGCGGCACCAUUUAUGGCUGGGGGCACAACCACAGAGGGCAGCUGGGGGGCAUAGAGGGGGCAAAGGUCAAAGUACCCACACCCACAGAAGCCCUCGCUACAUUGCGGCCAGUGCAGCUUAUUGGAGGGGAGCAGACUCUGUUUGCUGUCACUGCUGAUGGAAAGCUCUAUGCCACAGGAUAUGGAGCAGGGGGCAGGCUGGGAAUCGGUGGCACUGAGUCUGUGUCAACCCCAACUUUGCUGGAGUCCAUUCAGCACGUGUUCAUCAGGAAGGUGGCUGUGAACUCUGGAGGAAAGCACUGCUUGGCACUGUCCUCUGAGGGAGAAGUGUACUCAUGGGGCGAGGCUGAAGAUGGAAAACUCGGCCAUGGGAACAGAAGCCCCUGUGACCGUCCUCGUGUAAUUGAGUCCCUGAGGGGAGUGGAAGUGGUGGAUAUCGCAGCUGGAGGGGCUCACAGUGCCUGCAUCACUGCCAGCGGAGAGCUCUUCACGUGGGGCAAGGGUCGCUAUGGGCGACUGGGCCACGGAGACAGCGAGGACCAGCUUAAACCCAAGCUGGUGGACGCGCUGCAGGGUCACAGGGUCAUUGAUGUCGCCUGUGGCAGCGGGGAUGCCCAGACGCUCUGUCUAACUGAUGAUGACAUGGUCUGGUCCUGGGGAGAUGGAGACUAUGGCAAACUGGGCCGGGGAGGCAGUGAUGGCUGCAAAAUCCCGAUGAAGAUUGACUCUCUCACUGGCCUUGGAGUGAUCAAAGUGGAGUGUGGUUCACAGUUUUCUGUAGCUCUUACUAAAUCUGGAGCAGUGUACACGUGGGGGAAAGGGGACUACCAUCGGCUGGGGCACGGCUCUGAUGACCAUGUUCGACGGCCCAGGCAGGUCCAAGGGCUACAAGGAAAGAAAGUCAUCGCCAUUGCCACGGGGUCCCUGCACUGUGUGUGCUGCACAGAGGACGGAGAAGUGUACACAUGGGGCGACAACGAUGAAGGCCAACUUGGAGACGGGACUACGAAUGCCAUCCAGAGGCCGCGGCUGGUGGCUGCACUGCAGGGCAAAAAAAUCAACAGGGUGGCCUGUGGAUCGGCUCACACUCUGGCCUGGUCCACCAGCAAGCCCACUAAUGCAGGAAAGCUACCUGCACAGGUUCCCAUGGAGUACAACCACCUGCAGGAGAUCCCCAUCAUGUCCUUGAGGAACAGGCUGGUGCUGCUGCAUCACAUCUCCGAGCUUUUUUGCCCUUGCAUCCCGAUGUUUGACCUGGAGGGCCGGCUCGGUCAGACAGGCCACGGCCCCUCAGUGGGAUUUGACACACUCAGGGGAAUCCUCAUCUCCCAGGGGAAGGAAGCGGCUUUCAGGAAGGUUGUUCAAGCCACGAUGGUGAGGGACAGACAGCAUGGACCUGUGGUGGAGCUGAACAGGAUACAGGUGAAGCGUUCCCGUAGCAAAGGAGGUCUGGCAGGCCCUGAUGGAACAAAGUCUGUGUUUGGUCAGAUGUGUGCCAAAAUGAGUUCUUUUAGCCCUGACAGCCUGCUGCUUCCUCAUCGCGUAUGGAAGGUCAAGUUUGUAGGGGAGUCUGUUGAUGACUGUGGCGGCGGCUACAGCGAGUCCAUCGCUGAAAUGUGUGAGGAGCUGCAGAACGCACUGACUCCUCUGCUCAUUGUCACCCCAAACGGCCGCGACGAGUCGGGCGCCAACAGGGACUGCUUCCUGCUUAACCCUGCAGCCAAGUCCCCUCUUCACAUGAGCAUGUUCCGCUUCCUAGGAGUGCUUCUAGGGAUUGCAAUCCGGACUGGAAGCCCUCUUAGCCUCAAUCUGGCGGAGCCCGUUUGGAAACAGCUGGCAGGCAUGAACCUGACCAUCGCUGACCUCAGUGAGGUUGAUAAGGAUUUUAUUCCCGGCUUGAUGUACAUUCGGGACAAUGAAGCUACGGCUGUGGAGUUCGAGAGCAUGACCCUGCCCUUCACAGUGCCCAACGCCAGUGGCCAGGACAUCCAGCUCAGCUCCAAGUACUCCCACAUCACCCUGGAGAACCGUGCAGAAUACGUCCGCCUGGCCAUCAACUACAGGCUCCACGAGUUUGAUGAGCAGGUGUCUGCAGUACGUGAGGGAAUGGCUCGAGUGGUUCCCGUCCCCCUGCUGUCGCUUUUCACCGGCUAUGAGCUGGAAACGAUGGUGUGUGGAAGCCCAGACAUCCCGCUGCACUUGCUGAAGUCAGUGGCCACUUAUAAAGGCGUGGAGCCGACGUCGCCGCUCAUCCAGUGGUUCUGGGAAGUGAUGGAGUCCUUCUCCAACACAGAGCGGUCGCUCUUCUUGAGGUUCGUCUGGGGCCGCACACGUCUGCCCCGCACCAUCGCCGACUUCCGGGGACGGGACUUUGUAGUGCAGGUGCUGGAUAAGUACAACCCCCCUGACCACUUCCUGCCGGAGUCCUACACGUGUUUCUUCCUGCUCAAGCUGCCCAGAUACUCGUGCAAACAGGUGCUGGAAGAGAAGCUGAAGUACGCCAUUCAUUUCUGCAAGUCCAUCGACACGGAUGACUACGCCCGCAUCGCCCUGUCCGGCGAGCCCGCAGCCGACGACAGCAGCGAAGACUCCGACAACGAGGAUGCCGAAUCCUUCGCUUCCGACUCAACCCAGGACUACUUAACGGGACACUGACGAGUGGCAGGGAGUCUGCAUUAGUCUCACCUGUCGAUGCACACGUACAUAGAAACACUGCAAAGACACAAGUGUGUGUGAGUGUGUGUGUGUGGGGUGUGUAUGUGUGUGGGGUGGGGGUGUGCAAUGAGCUUUAAAGCAUUAUAAGCUAAAGAGAGGAACAAACACAGGCUCACUCUGGGUUAGUUUCUGAUUGUUGUGUUACAUCAGAAUUAUGUACGUAUAUUAUUCCAGCUGAACUAGAAAACUGGCUCCAGCCAACACUGUGGUAGGUCCCCCCCCCAAUCCCGAUUUGUGAGUUUCCUCUCUGUAGGUUGUAUAUAGAAGUUGAUGUGCGACAAACAGUAGUGUUUUUGUUUCUUGGUAAUGUUUCUUUAUAAUUUAAAAAGAAAAAAAAGUUUUUAACUUAAAGUCAGUGUUUCUCACUCGGCUCGGUCCGAGCCCGCUGAAGGGUUAUUUUAAGACUCCCGUACCCCCCCCACGCCCCCCGUGUCUGUGCACCGUCUCCUUAACGAAUGUGCAUAAUGCAAUUGUGCCAUGUAUUCAUGGAAGGUCUCAUUCCUGCAUAUUAAAUGUUAUUACAUUUCUAUUAAUAAAUGCAUUAUAAACCAG